AUGCGGAGUCGCAUCCCUGCGUAUUCUGUGACGUGUGGAGUGUCGCGAGAAGCACGGGAGAGGACCACUGGCCUGCUGCAGGCGGGCACGCCAUGUGCCAGCGCCGCCAGACACUGCGGAGCAAGCUGCUCCACUGUGUCCCGACUGCAGACAAAGGUUCAAGCAGACUGGCAGGACGGAAGGCCAUCCGGGAUCUGCUCGCCCGCGACGAGCAGUUUGGAGACAAUCAUUGGCCUGUAUGGGGAAACAGUUGAGGUGCCCUGCAACAGUGGCGCUCCAACACCAGAAGACCUUAUCAUUUUGAAAUGGAAAUAUGAGAAAGGAGAGGGGGUGCCAGGAGAUCUGUUGGUCAAACAAAAAGGCCAAAAUGCUAUGGUCCUCGCCAAUGAUGAGUACAAGGGCCGCGUUAACGUGGCGGCGAACUUGAGCCUGCUGCUUUCUGCAGCCAAUCUCAGCGACCAGAAGACUUUCACCUGCAUGGUAGUGGCUGGAGCAGACAUAACAGAAUAUCCGGUGAACGUGCUCAUCCACAAGGCUCCAUCAGCACUGGAGAUUUCUGAAAAAGCGGAGGAAUUGGAGAUUGGCAAACUAAUGAAGCUAGGACAAUGCACCGCACAAGCUGCCAAUCCAGCUGCAAACAUCACAUGGUUUAAGAACAAGCAACCUCUGGUGGCUGAUGGAAAAGGGAUUGUCAUCCAAGCCUCGGUGCAGGUGGACCCUAAUACGGGCCUCUCGACCACCUUCUCCACGCUGGAGUACUCUGCUGAGAAAGGAGACACUGAUGCUCAGUUCACCUGCGGCACUCAGCACACAGUGGGAACGCUGCAAGUGUCCUCUCCAGUCACCUUCACUGUCACCUAUCCCACCGAGAACAUAAGUAUUCAGGUUCUUUCUGAGGGGCCUCUCACAGAGGGAGACAGUGUAACCCUGAAGUGUGUGGCAGACGGGAACCCGGCUCCUACCAACUUCAUCUUCCACAUUAAGGGCGAGGUGAUUAAAGUGGAGAAUUCAAACACUUACACCCUGACAGAUGUCACCCGCAACGCCACUGGUGAAUACAAGUGCUCCCUCGUCGACGACGCCAAGAUGGAAGCCUCCAUAAACAUCACAGUCAGCUACCUGAAUAUUAAUUUAAGCCCCUCUGGGAAGAUCUUGAAGAGCGCCGGUGACAGCUUGAACCUGACACUGCAGGUUGAUGCUUCUGGAAAACCCAAGGUUUCCUGGAUGAAGGACAACGUUAAGCUACCCAAGCAGCCCGAUUUUGACAAAGUGGCCUACUCUGAUACUGGACGCUAUGAAUUGGAAAUGAGCCUGGGGCCUCUGAGCCGUAAAGCUUCCUUCGAGCUCAUUGUUGAAGGUGCCCCCAUCAUCAGACAACUGACUAAGCAUCGUGGUGAAGAUGGCCUCCAUGAAGUCCUCAUCUGUGAGGCCGAGGGGUCCCCGAAACCUGCUGUUUACUGGAGCAUCAACGGUACCUUGUCUGACGAGAGUCCCUUCAUCAGCGGAAGGAUAACGCAUAAGAUCACUGUUGUGCCCACUGCCAAUCUGACCGUCUCUUGCUCGGUGUUCAAUGAGCUUGGUCAGGAUACCAAGGCCAUAAAUGUGUCGUCCUUAUUUGAGGAGGUGAGAAUGGAUAAACAAGAUCAGUCGGAUGACAGCGAUCAAACCAAGUUGGUGGUGGGCGUUGUAGUCGGUGUUCUCAUCGCCACUCUUGUAAUAGGCCUGGCGUACUGGGUGUACAUGAAGAAAUCCAAGCAAGGAAGUUGGAAGACCGGUGAGAAGGAGAAUGGAUCUUCUGAGGAGGAGAAGAAGCUGGAGGAGAAACUAGAUGAGAACAGCCAAAAAGCAGAGGUGUAAACGAGCAAGAGACGGCCUUGGGGAAAACGAAAGUUCACCUCUUGUCUUUGGGGAAAAGGAGCAUACAUUUGGAUGAAGACCACUGGGAUUUGGAUUGUGAGAAGGUGGCCCUCAAAAGAAUACCCC